UCUGCAUCAUCUACCAUUGCUAUAGCUGAACCCUCUUUGCAAACAACAGCUGAGACAGCAGCCGUGAAUGCAGCUGGGUCAGUUGAAACUACAGCUGGAGAAACAUCCACCUCGUCCGAGACUGCAGAGAAAGAGAAAGUUAAGACACUCAUUUUAUCUACAACAAAAAAAGCUGAAAGGCUAGAGACACCAGGCACAACCAUGGCAAUAACAACAGCUACAAAAUCAGAAACAACAACAUUCAAAACAUCAACAAUUACAGCUCCUUCCAUAGACACAACCACAAGAGCAGUUUCAACAACUGAGACCACAAAGAGAGUACCGGUUACAACAGAAACAACCCCAGGUGAAACAGUAACUUCCUGUACAGAAAUAGAUCAAAUAAUCACGGUGGAAACAUUAACACAUGCAGUUGAAGAAACAACCCCCAAAACUGAGAGAAGUGAUAUUGAUUUUGUACCAACACAUAAAAGUGGAACAGAUGCGACAAUAUUUGGAAAACCAACAGAAGUAAGCAUCAUACAACCAAAACAAGAAUCAGGGACAUCUAAGGAUGGAACUGUAGCGACAAGUGUAAAUACAGCAAAAAUCAGGGGUGCAACUCCAAUAGCAGAACCAAUUACUGAUGGAGCAACAAAAUCAAUUACCAAUAGAAUUACUACAUCAAUAAUAAUAGCUGAAAAUAAAGCAUCAACAAAAGCUGGAUCAGAGUCUGCAUUGAGGACAACAGCAACUAUAACUGAAACCAUUACAGCAAUUGCAGAUUUUGCUAAUAUAAACACAGAAGGAAUAAUGGCACCAGGCACAGUCCCAAAAAAUCUAAAAACAGUACAAACAGAGCCAUCUAACGAUGAAACAAGGGAAGCAACCACAGCCAGACCAAAGGAAUCUACACAAGCUAAAACAACGUCAUACAGUCCAACUACAAUCAAUGGGGCAACCAAUAUCAAACAUCCAAGUAUGACUGCAAUUACCACUGGUACAAAAGAAAUUACAGAUGGAAAACAAUUAACUGGUAAAAGCACAUUAUUUACAAAAACUACAAUUAAAUCAAAUAGAUUUACAUCUUUCAGGUCCCCAAGUCUUUUGACCACCACCUUAAAUGGUUUAAGCACAAACACCAUUUCACCAGAGAGAUUGUCUACUAAAGCAUUUCACAAGUUGACAAUGCAGUCACACAAGUCAUUAUCACCUUGUACAGGCAAAUGUCAAACCAAAUCUACCACAAUGAACCCUGCAGGCAAACAUGGCCAAGGAAAGGUACCCAUGACCACUGAUAAGACUUUCUAUUCUGCCAUAACUAUGGGUACCAUCCUAGUUUUAUGUGCCCUCCUAGCUCUUAUUGUGUUUAUAAAGGACUUAGUUAGGAACUGAGAAGAUAUUCAGAAUGUUAUUGUUAAUUGUUCAAUGCUAAACCGGUUAAUCAUUUAAUGUGUAAAAGUUUAAGAAAAAACGGAUAUACUGUAAAUAAAGAUCAUUGAAAUUUUACAGAAAUUGGCAUAACAACAUUCCUGAAUUAAGGCUUAAAGCUUAAGGGGUAAUGCAUAUUUGAUGACUUUGUGUUUGUUUCUAAUAAUGAUGUAAUUGUAAUAUGCAUGUUUUCCAUAUUUAUUUAAUAA